AUGGUUCCUAGUGAUGCCACAGACGACAGCGAUACUGCAAUGGUGAAUUCUAACUUAGUUGACUGGGAUGGACCAGGCGAUCCAGAAAAUCCGAUGAAUUGGUCAAAGAGCAAGAAGGCUCUAUUCAUCGCAACACUUGGGUACAUCUCAACCCUCAGCCCUCUAGCGUCAUCGAUUGCGGCCCCGGGAAUCGCUUCCAUCAAGUCAGAUUUCAACGUCACGGACACGUACGUCGGGGCGUUCAUGAUAUCAGGAUUUCUCAUCGGCUACUGCUGCGGCCCAUUAGUUAUUGCACCGCUUUCAGAGAUGUACGGUCGUUAUGUUCUAUACAACGCUGGCAGUCUCUUAUUUCUCAUUUUCAACGUCGCAUGCUCCGUGGCACCCAACUCGGGCCGCAUGAUUGCGUUUCGCAUCUUUGCUGGCAUAGGCGGAUCUGCCCCGUUGACACUUGGGGCUGCGUCGCUGGCAGACACAGUUCCGAGAGAGAAAAGAGGAGUUGCCAUGAUGGUCUGGACUCUGGGGCCGAUGGUGGGCCCAACCAUUGGGCCCAUUGCAGGAGGGUAUUUAUCAGAAACGAUAGGAUGGCGAUGGUCUUUUCGAGUGGUGUCUGUUGCGGCUGGCGUAGCUGCCAUUGGCACGGCAUUCUGCAUGCCAGAAUCCUACGCCCUCACACUUCUCGAGCGAAAGGCACGACGACUUCGCCUACAGACCGGAAACCCACACCUCGAAUCUGUUCAAGCCCCCCACCGCAAGCCAAAAGACCUCUUCAUGUUCUCUAUUCUUCGACCGGCGAAGAUGAUGUUUCUCUCGCCUAUCGUCUUCUGCCUUUCAGUUUAUAUGGCCAUCCUCUACGGCUACCUCUACCUGCUUUUCACAACCUUCCCCCAGGUUUUCAAGCAACAGUAUGGAUUCUCUCAAGGGUCAGCGGGAUUGGCGUACAUCGGCAUCGGUGUAGGCUCAGUGAUCGGACUCCUAUUUUCUGGCCUAGUGUCAGACAGACUUGUGCUGAAGUUGUCACUCAGAAAUGGCGGGCAGUUUCAACCGGAAUAUCGUCUGCCUCCCAUGCUUAUUGGCGCUAUCCUGGUCCCCAUAGGACUGUUCUGGUAUGGCUGGACUACAGAAAAACAGCUUCAAUGGAUGCUACCUAUCAUGGGAACAGCCAUCCUAGGAUGUGGGAUUGUUAUAGUCCUGAUGUCGAUCUCGACUUAUCUUGUUGACGCAUUUACGACAUACGCUGCAUCAGCCAUGGCAGCCAGCACAGUCACCAGGUCAUUGUUAGGCGCAUUCUUGCCCCUGGCUGGUGACCGGUUGUACCAGAGCCUAGGGCUCGGAUGGGGAAACUCACUCCUCGGCUUCAUCGCUUUUGCCAUGAUCCCAAUCCCCUUAGUUUUCUACAAAUACGGUCAAGUCAUCAGGCAAAUGAAACUCUUCAAGACUGAGUUCUAG